CAAUAACUUCCCUCUUAUGUACUGCAAAAAGAUUACACUCUGUCUAACUCAGUUGGCUCCUGUUGAUCAUACUACAACUCUUGGUUUGAUAUUUAACUAUUUUUCAUGAUUUUAAGGAUUUUUUUUUUUAUCGGUAAUGAAAUUGUUGUUAUAUAUCUCAAAUAUUUUUUGUUGUAACAGUUAAAAGUGGUCAUCCAUUUUUUUUUUUUUUUGGUAGAUUGUGUAACAUUAACAACCAAAAGUAACUGAAUUUUAAUGAUUUGGGUUGUUUAUUGCCAUGUGAAGAUGUGCACACUAUUUAGUGUGCAUGCUUGUGUGUGAAGUUUAAGGAUUAUGAGUAAAUUAGCUUUGACGGCUCUUCUCUUGAUGUGUGUGGGGCUAUAUUUUUAGAUCCACAGUGCACCUGUUUGUCCAAAUACAUGAUACUGAAUAGUAAUGGAACUUGGACUCCUCAUCAAAGAGAGGAUCAGAUAACAUCAAUAUACCAAACUAAACUGUUUAGACUGUCUCCUCAAGUACUGACGAUUGGGAAGAAAGACAGUCAGACGCUUUCUUACGAGGCUGCAGCCUUAACUGAUUCAUUUAAACCCUAAUGUUAAACAGCUAAUAAUAUUUUCCAAGUUAAGGACUGCACGGACAAUACUUGGAAGAAAAAACCUGAAGGUAUGAUCAGUAGGACCCUUUUGAUGGUUGGAUGGCGUUUAUUUUUUCUGCAGUGUUUAAGAGUAAAGUCUGAUCGUGACGAAUCUGCGGACGAAACAUCUGGAGACGGAAACUAUCGCCAGUUAACCAGUCAAACUGGAACACCGGCAACAUGACAAACUCAUGACAUCACCUAAACCCACAGGAAGAGGAGAAUUUCAAAUUAAAGGGGGAGGUGGUGCACUGGCUGGCCUGUUGGCUGGAUGCAGCCUGCAGGAAGGGCUCCACUCCCACAGUGGGUAAAGGACUGAUGGAGGGAGGAUCCUUCACUCGUCCAAACUCAGUCUGAUCCAGUUCUUCUCUAAGAUGAGGAAGUGGGCCGACAUGUCCAACCUCUCGCAGGACUUCAGGCUACAAAUGGAUGGCUGGAGCGAAACUUUGAGGUCUCCACCAUGAUCUUCCGCAAGUUUGAUGUCUUGAUUUAGUAAUGAGUCGUGGCCCCUCCAGUCAGGAAGCAGCAGCGGAGAGCUCUCUGGAUCAGGAGAGGCCCAGGCCGAGGCCCUGUGGUGGGGACACCACCUGCAGGUGGCGCUGGUCAACACGGUGGCCUUCAGGGGCAUCUGGCAGAAGCAGUUUCUGUUCACCAACUCCCAGAACCUGCCCUUCAUCCUGUCUGAUGGGACUCCCAUCAAGGUGCCCAUGAAGUACCAGGCUGCAGAGGUCAGCUUUGGUCAGCUCAGGACGGGAUCGGAUCAGCGCUACACGGUUCUGGAGCUGCCGUUCCUGGGCCGCUCCCUGAGCCUGCAGGUGCUUCUACCCAGCGAGAGGAAGACGCUACUGUCCUCCCUGGAGGCUCAGCUCACACAGCGCCACCUAGCGUCCUGGGACACCGGCCUGCGCAGAACCAGGAUGGACAUCUUCCUCCCAAGAUUCAGAAUGCAGAACAAGUUCAACCUGAGGUCGGUGCUCCCCGCUAUGGGCAUCAGCGACGCCUUCAACCCCACAGCAGCCGACUUCACCGGGAUCUCAGUGGAGGAGGGUCUCUAUGUGUCUGAUGCCUUCCAUGAAGUCAGGAUAGAAGUCACGGAGGACGGGACCAAAGCAGCUGCUGCUACUGGGAUGGUCCUCCUCAAAAGAUCCCGAGAUCCAGUUUUCAAAGCAGAUCGGCCGUUCUUAUUUCUACUGCAACAGGUUCACACAGUGGUGAAAUAAAAAACCAUCCAGGAAACUUUUCUACAUUGAUGCAACGUUUCCCAGAGCUUCAUCUGAUGACCUGAAACAGAACUGACCUGCUGAUGGAGGACCUGUUGAAGAACCCUAACUCUGUAACUGAUGAAGAUAAAGAAGAAGGUUUUCCUGUCAGGUGUAACUGAUGAUGAUGAAGGUUUUCCUGUCAGGUGUUACUGAUGAAGGUGACGAUGGGGGACGACUGGGGGACCCUGAGGGGGUCAGCUGGAGUCUUCCUCUUGGACGUCCCUUAGUUCUGCCCCUAGUUCUGCUGCUACAGGCCUAGGCUGCUGGAGGACCUCUCUGGAUGCACUGAGCCCUUCUCUAUCUACCAUUGUAUUUAAUAUACAGUAUAUAUACCAUUAUUGCAUUACACUCACUCUGUUUCUCCCUGUGUCCUUUCUCCGAGUGUCCCUGAUCCCAGAGCUGGAUGCUUCAGAUCUGUGGUGGUUCUCCCACCAACUGGCCUAAUCUCCAUCUGUGGGAUGCUGCUGCUGCUGACCUUCCUCCAGCCCACUGCUUCCAGCUGCCCAUUUCCAUCAAUCUACUCUGCAUCACCCUCACUAUACUUGAUUUGCUCGUCUACAUAUUUUUGAAUUUACCACCAGCUAUAUAUGUAGUAUAUUUAAUGCCAGAGCCAUACACCGUAGCAGUAAACUAUAAUCAGUUUCCAGCCUCGAGGGAUAUAUGCGCAGAUUUUUUUAAAUACCAUGUAGAAGACUAUAUACAGGAAGAUGAGGUAUCAGUUCUUGCACAUAGAUAUACAACAGUCCUUUAUUACUCCCCAGGUUAGGGGAAAUUUCCAGUGUUAGAGCAGCAAAAAUCUUUCAGAGCAGCACUAACUACAGUUUGCUACAGUAAAGAUAAUAAUUAUAAUAACAAUAAUAUAUACAAGAAUGAAAAAUGAAUAAAUACAGUAUUACUACACUAUAAGUGACAUCAGCAUAAAGUGGCUUGUGGAAUACAUGUAAUUGUAAAAGUGCAGAAAAUGCCAGCAGUGCAAGGAGUUGUGGAGAUUUUCUCAAAACAGGUGAGUCCCGUGAAUAUGACCAAAAUAUGAGAUAAAACUACCAGAAACAUGUACAAAAUGGCCAAAAUAUGAUUGGUUGAUAAUGUAUCAGUGUUGUUAUUGAUUAUUGAUCGGUUGCAGGGACAGAGAUUUGUGUCUGAGUCUCUGCUGUCAUCUAAUCUCUCUCAUGUAAGAUCAUGUCACAGGAGGGGGCGCUACUGGCCUCUUGUGGACACAGGCGGUAACGACACGACAUUAUUACUAACGGUAUAGCUGGCGACAUUACAGGUGAGCAGCACUUCCUGUUCAUCUUCAACGUAAAAGCAUCUUUCUUUAUUGUACAUUUUAUGUCAAAAGUAUUACUAAGCGAUUUUGGUCGAUUCAGAAGGAUCUCUGGUGUAAACCAAGUCGUAUUUGACGACAGCUAGCUUCUCCACUUGCUCCGAUUACUUCUGUUGUAGUCCGAGUCACGUCCAAACAGGAAACGAAUCCACAACGUAGCUAAUGACAAUCUAUGGCUGCCUCUCCGUGAUGGCAGCGUUAGCGAGCUAGCAGCUAAUCAGAAGCUAGUGACAAGCUAACUCCAGCGCUACAAGCAGCGUCUCUUUAAAAGGUGCUGAUCACGCUAUCAGGCUGAAACGUGAGACCUGGGACAGGAAAAGGAGCUAGAGCGCUGUGUCUUGCAGAGGAUUUAUUUUAGAACUACGCAUGUUAAGGUAGGAGUCCGUGUCAUAGCAAACCCUCGUUUGCACUUCCGCUAGCUCGGCUAACACUUCCGGUCACGAAUGCAUCUGUACAUUAGCUAUAACGUGUUCAUUUUUGAACGUAUAGUGACAACAAACACAAUUUGAGACUGUCGACAAACUAGUGGUCCUUAAAUAGAUUUUGUUUCAUACUGCAGAUUCUUCUGAGUCUCACAAAACCACGUUUUAGCAUAAUAGCAUUACGAUAGUUUUACGUUGAAACAGGAAGUGUUGCUCCUCUGUAAUGUCGCCAGCUUUGCCUCAAAUAAUAAUAGUGUCGUUACCGGCUGUGUCCGCCAGAGGGCAGUAAUGUGUACAGUAAAGGGUUAGUGACUUUAGGGGUCAUUUUGAAUGUUUUUAUGGCUAUUUUUGCUUCAGUUUGUUCAUGUUUUGUCUCAUAUUGUUACUUUAGUGACUUUAGGGGUCAAUUUGCAUGUUUUUAUGAAUAUUUUUGAUUCAGUUUGUUCAUUUUUUGUCUCAUAUUAUUACUUUAGUGACUUUAGGGGUAAUUUUGCAUGUUUUUAUGGCUAUUUUUGAUUCAAUUUGUUCAUUUUUGGUCUCACAUUGUUACUUUAGUUACUUUAGGGGUCAUCUUGCAUGUUUUAAUGGCUAUUUUAUUAUUCAGUUUGUUCAUUUUUUGUCUCAUAUUAUUAUCAUAGCAGAGGCUCAUGGGUAACGUGGUUCUGAGGCAGCCAGGAGCAGAGGCUCAUGGGUAACAUGUCUCUGAGCCAGCCAGGAGCAGAGGCUCAUGGGUAACGUGGUCCUCUGUUUCCAGUCUUUAUGCUAAGCUAGGCUAACAGUUCUAACCUCUUUCCAGUCUUUAUGCUAAGCUAGGAUAGCUGUUUUCCUCUGUUUCCAGUCUUUAUGCUAAGCUAGGCUAACAGUUCUAACCUGUUUUGUCUUUCUGCUAACCUAGGCUAACAGUUCAAACCUGUUGUGUCUUUCUGCUAACCUAGGCUAACAGUUCCCACCUGUUGCCAGCCUUUGUGCGAAGGUAAGCUAACAGUUCCCACCUAUUUCCAGUCUUUGCUAAACUAGGCUAACAGUUCUAACCUGUUUCCAGCCUUUGUGCAAAGCUAAGCUAACAGUUCCCACCUGUUUCCAGUCUUUGCUAAACUAGGCUAACAGUUCUAACCUGUUUCCAGUCUUUGUGCUAAGCUAAGCUACCUUGGAGACUAUUUGUCUGUGAGUAAAACGUGUACAUAAGCACAAAUAGAAAUUUCAUGUUAGAAGUUUGUUAUAAUUUGUCAAGUAGUUGAAAUAUGUCAUACAGUGUUGUUAGAAAGCCCUCAUAUUUUGAUCAUGAUGUUGUAUGGGUUGCGUUAUAGUUGUAUUUCCUCCCUUGUUGAGCUAAUCGGAUGUUUGUGUUUUUUUACGUAAUGUCCUUGAACGCACCUCGUGUGUGACGUAGCUUUUCUCCAUGUUGCAGCACAGUUGUUAGCUAGUUCUCUCCUGUGCACAUGUCUGAACUGGAUGCAUGUUGCAUUUUUUUCUUCCUUAACCUGCUGUGUGUAAAUGAUGAAGGUGAGUGGUCAUGUGUUCCACCAGUAGAGCAUGAUUAUGCACUGUUUAGUGUUACUUGUUGAUCGUUUAGCGACACUUUACAGGACGGACGUUAGCUUAGCAAUUAGCCCACCAUGUUGUCUGUCCGAGCGGGUUUGGCUACAUUGCUACCGUCAUGUGAUUGAAAUGCUGAGCCAUGCAUAAUAUUUUGCCCUUCGUUAUUGUGUUUAUGUGCAUUUGUGUUACUGUUUCAUAGUAUAAUUAUUAUUGUGGUUACAUUUAUGCUGAAUGUCUUACUGAUUCAGUAUUCCUGUUUGUGAUGUUUCAGAACCACAGCUAGCCACAGUUAUCCACAAGUAGCCACAGUUGUCUACCAGUGCAGCACAGAGUUAUCUGCAACAACAAUAAACAUCAUUAACCUGGAAAGUCUGGCUGCCGUGUUCACUCAACUCAACUCAACUCAACUCAGACCGACAAAUUCUUCAAUGGAAACUCUAUGUACAGGGAAAGACGACCACGGGUUGUGACCUAUUACAAUCAGCUGCAUGAGGUGGAAGAGAAAAUGCCCUGCAAGCACUUUGAUCUCAACGUCACUUUUGAAGGAUCCAGCGGUAGAUCAAAUUCUCACACUAUAUCACAUAUUUUACACGACGUCCUUCAGACGGGUGACAAAUUAAAGCAAAUGCACUUUAACAAAAAAAAAAAAAAAACAAAGCAUUUUGACUGCUGACCUGAGUAAAUUUAGUAAAUUGAAUUUAUAAAACACUCGCGUACAAUCUCUUAAAAUACAUACGUUUUGCAUACAUCACAAUGCAAGGACUGUGUGUGCUCAUCUUCAGGGACUUUUUGUUCGUAUUAUUUUUGUUAAGAUCAAAUGAAUACAUGAUUGUUAAGAUCAAAAUAACACGUUGGAGCAUAAUUACAUCAAAUACACUAUUACAUACGCUCUAGCCCACCAUAUAAUAUAUACAGCUGUACAUUAAUUAAUGCUUUGCUGCUGUCCCGGACCAGAAAAGCCUCCAGCAGAUGUAGAAAAGUCAGACAAGAUCAAGUAGUUGUUGUUGUUAUACGUGUACACGACUGUGCAAAAUGUUAGAUCGGCAGCAAUAUCGACUACCUUAUUACAAAUUGCAGGGCACAGUUUCACAGCUUUGGGUAGUUCAAAAUAUCUUGUGCCAGUUCCUCUGUGGACUGACACUCUGUACAUUAUCUGAUAGGUACUUUAUUCAUUCCCUUAGGGAGAUUCAAGGUAUGCAUGAGCUCACGUGUUACAUAGAAGAUAGAGGGCCACUGUGCGAAUGAGCAUGCAACAGACAUCCCAAAUCUGCCUAAAAUGCUGGUAUUUACAGAGCAGGGCUCUAGGACCCGGAGACGUCAGGAUGGUGGUUCUUGAUAUCAGUCUACCAACUGGAUUCACCCCAGAAAACUCUGACCUGGAGAUGGUAAUCACCUUCUAGUGCUAGUGCAGAAAAAUCUGAAAGCUUGUGUCAAUGGUGUAUUUAAGUGUCUUUAAAAUGAAUGUAGUAUUUUAAAUAAAAGUUUGUAAAAAGUUUACUA